AUGAAUUAUUUAAAAAGGAAUGAAAUUGAAACCAUCUAUACAGAUGAUUAUACAGAUUUUACAAGACUUAGUGAUUUUGAAAUAUUUACAAAAGAUCUGUUAGUAAGUUUGAGGAAGUUAAAUAUAUUAGAAACAAAAAAAAAAUAUGAAGAUAAAUAUGUUUUUAUAAAUAUUGAAGAAAAAAAAAAACCAUUAACUCCUCUUGUGUUAAUUAUGAAUGUAGAUGACACUUGUAAUUUUAUAAAAAAAUAUAAUAAAAAAGAUUAUAUAAUAAAAUUAAAUUAUAUAUAUUACCCCAAAAAUAAAUGUCAGAAUAUUAUACCAUUUACUGAUAACUCUUAUAACUAUAAUAAGAAUGUAUCAAUUGUAAAUUCCUUUUAUUGUUUACAUGGUAAUAUAAGUUGCCCCGAUAUAGCCAUUUUCCCUUCUCGAACUUUUCCCAUUGAGAAGUUUUUUUUUUUGAAUGAAUAUGUGAAGCUCGAAAUAGUAGAAAAAAAUAAUGUAGAAGAUGAACAAUAUAUGAGUAUAGAAAAUUUUUCAGUAAGUAAUUUGAUAUUAAAUAGUUUAGAACAAGCUCUUAGUGAAGUAAAUAUACAUGUUCCUACGUUUGUUGUGUUAGAUAAAAACAGUUAUAUAUAUCAAGGUCAUUUUUUUAUUAGUGAUUAUACAUAUUAUAAAUGUAUGAAUCCUUAUGUUUCUAUUCAUAAAAAAGAAAAUGAUGAUAUAGUUAUUUAUUGCAAUUCAUCCAAGAAUAAUAAGUUUGAUGAUAAAAUUAUUAAAAAUUUAUGUAAGAAUGAAAAAGAUAAAAAUUAUGUUUCAAUAUAUAAAGGGACUGGAUGUGAAGUUAAUUAUCAUUCGUUUAAGUUUUAUAAUUAUUUUAAAGGGUUUAGUUUAGAACAUUUAGUAUCAUUAUUUUGUUUAUUUAUUUAUUUGUCAAAUAUAAGAGGGAAAAAUAUUUAUAAUAUUAACGUUUAUUUAAAAUACAUAUAUUUGAUUAGUCAGCCAUAUUGUAAAUAUAUAUCAAGAUCUAUAAAUUUAAAAAAUGAAAAAUAUAAAUUAUUAAAAGAUUAUGUUAAAAAAAAACAAUUAAAAAAAAAAAAAAAAAAAAAAAGUAAAAUAUAUUUGUUACGAAAUAAAUAUAGAUUAAAUAAAUAUGAUAAAAGUAGUUAUCCAUAUGUGUAUUUAAAUAAUAUAUAUAAUUAUAUUAAAAAUAGUUAUUAUGGUAAAAAAAUAUGUAUGUGUUAUUAUGGAAAAAAAACGCACACAAAAAAUAAGUAUUGCCCACAUGGCAACGAAAAUAAUGAUAACGAAAAUAGGGAUAGUAACAAUAGUAGUAUGCAAAAUUAUUUAUAUAAUGUUAAAAAUAGUAUUAUGUAUAAACCCAACUAUUUUGAAAACAAUUUUAAAAAGGUUAAAAUAUCAAAUAUAUUAUCAGGAGAUAUUGAGUUGAAUAAUACAAGUUGGGGUAACAAUGUUGAUAAUUUUAGUUCUAUAAAUGAUGAAAAUGUUAAUUAUUUCCUUGACACAUCCUUGGCAUUUUAUUCUUCGUCAUUAGAACCUGACUAUGAUUUAAUAAAUAAUGUAAAUGAUAAAAAAAAAGUGUAUAAAAAAAAAAAACGAAAAACACAUACUUUUGAGGAUAUUAAUAAAUUGUGUAAUUUUUUGGCAAUCCAUAAAAAUUUUCCAAGAUAUGAAAAUAACCCAUAUAUAAGUAUUUCCAUUUUGAAUUUUAUUAGUAACAUGGAAAAUAAAAUUAUGAAUAUUUAUGAGGGUGAUGGAUAUGGACAGUCAGAAAUUAGGAAAAUGAAAAAAAAAAAUAAUAAAAUUAAUAGUGUUUGGAAAAUUAGAUUUAUUACUAGCGAUAAAUUUAAAGGUAAAAAUAGCUAUUUGCUAAAAAAUAUUUUAAAAUUGUAUUAUAAUGAAUUAUUAGGAUUAAAAAGGCAAAGAUGCGAAAAAAAUGACAAUAGCGAAAAUAACGAAAAUAACGAAAAAAAUGAUAAUAGUGAAAAUAACGAAAAUAAUGAUAAUAGCGAAAAUACAAAAAUGAAAAAUAAUGAUUUUUCUUCUAUUCAUAAUUAUGUAGUUAAAUUUAUUUUACUAAAAAAUAUGGAAUGGUUAAAAGAUUGUGAUAUACCUUUUUUUAGUUGCUUUAAUGUUGAUGAUGAACCAACAAGGUAUUAUCUUGAUCAGAUUAUUAACAAUAUGUUUAGUAACAAUAAAAAACAAAUAUAUCACUGGAAUAACACUACAUAUAGAUAUAGUAGAAAUAACGAUUAUAACGAUAGUAGUAGCGAGUAUUAUAAUGAUAGUGGUAAUUAUAGUCAAAACAAUAGUAGCAAUAAUGAAGAUGAAAAAAAAAGUAAUGUAAAAUCUGUGAAACGAUAUAGACUUUUGUAUGCAAGUAUGAACGACAUAAAUAAUUCAUUUCUUGGAAAAAAAAUUCAUAGCGGGCUUGCUAUAACGAGAGAUGUGAUAUCUAAUGGGACUGCUGGGGCAUUUGAUAUGUCUACUAAUAAAAAUAGCAAAGAAAAAAGCAAAGAAAAAAACAAUUGUGAGCAAAAUGGCGAACGGAAUGGCGAACGGAAUGGCGAACGGAAUGGCGAACAAAAUGGCGAACAAAAUGGCGAACAAAAUGAGGAUAAUGUGUGUCCCAACAAAUCCGGAGAAAUAUAUUAUGUGUUAAGUAAAAAUGGUAUAUUUUUAAAACGAGGAAAUUUAGGGUCUAAGAAAAAAAUAAAAAAUAAAAUAAAAUAUAUAAAUUUAAAAAAAAUGAAUGAGAAAAAAAAGAAAAAAAAACUCGAAAAUGCAAGAAUACAAAAACUUAUUAAAGAUUUUUUAUUAAUUAAAGAAAAAUAUUUUUUAUGUCAUCAUGAAGAAAAAAUUUCAAUUUUAUUUUUUUAUUUAAUUAGCCAUUCAAGUAAUAUAAAAACUUUUUAUUAUAUUUGGAAUCAAUUUUUUGAUAAUAUAAGAAAUAAAUAUGAAAAUAAUGAAUAUAUAUAUAAUGAUUAUUUAUAUUUAUCAUAUGGACCUUUAAAUAUUUAUUCCUAUUCUUGUUCAAUAUUAUCACAAUGUAUAAAAGCUUUAAAUAUAUCAAUACAACAAUGUAAGAUUAAUGAAAUGAGAACAAAAGUUAACAAAAAAAAAGAAUUAAAAAAUAUAUGUCCUAUUGCUAAUCAAAUAAAUAUACAAAAAGGAGGUCAAAUUCAAAACAAAAAAAAAAAUGAGCCCUAUUCAGAUUUAUAUCCAAAUUAUUAUAUAAAUGAAGUUAAUAAUAUAACUUCUCAUUUUACUAAAAUUGUUAAUUCAGAAGAAAAUGUAUUUUAUUCAUGUGAAAUGAAAAGUUCAACUGAAAAUAUAAAUUUAACAGAAAAUGCAACAUCUACAGAAUCAAUCACAAUUCCAUCGAAUCUAUUAAAUAAUUUUUCUACUAAUAAAAAUAAAAAUAAAAAUAAAAAUUCCAAUUCAAUAUCAUCAUCUAAUGAUAACAUAAGUUAUGUUAACGAAAGUUUCUUAAGUAUAAAAGAAAGCACCGAGUCGUUUCCAAAAAGUGUUGAUGUUAUCAAUGAAAAAAAAAACCAAUGUGCAGAAAAUGAAAAAAAAAACCAAAGUGUAGAAAAUGAAAAAAAAAACCAAGGUGUAGAAAAUGAAAAAAAAAACCAAGGUGUAGAAAAUGAAAAAAAAAACCAAAGUGCAGAAAAUGAAAAAAAUGACAAUUUUAAGGGUAUAUGUAGUAGAAACAAGACAACUAUUUUUGGAGCCAAAAAUAUAAACGAAAUACGUAAGCCAGUAAUGUUAGAAAAUUUUAACAAAAAUAAUCGAAUAUGUUUUAUGGAAAAUAUAAUAAUAUCAAAUUUUUUUCCUUAUCCUUUAAAUAAUAUUGAAUUAUUUAUAACUAAAAAUAAUGCUAUAACAAAAAAAGUAAAUAGUCAAGAUGAUAUGAUAACAUUAAUUUAUGAUAUAUUAAAACAUUGUGAUGAAAAUAUUGAGAAUGUAACUUUUGAAGAUUUCAUAAAGUGGUAUAAAUUAAAUAUAGGAAAAAAAAUAUACUCAUCACAGAAUGUAUUAAAACAUUGUUAUAAAUGUAUAAAAAAUAGUUAUUUUAUUAAUAUUGAUACAAAUUAUUUAAAAAAUAUAUAUAAAGAAAUUAAAAUGAAAUAUUAUAAAAAAAAUGAUUAUUUAAAGAUAAUGUUUGAUUAUGUAAAAGAAAAUUAUAAUUAUAUAAAAGAUGUUAAAUGUCCUUUUAAUACAUUUUUUGUUGGAGAGUUAAAUUUAGACAAUUUAUUAAAUUUAAGUAUAUUAGAUUUAUUAGAGUGUACAUACAAAGCUUUUUUUAUUUCUUAUAUUAAUACUAUUAUGAAUUCAAAAUUUAUUUAUAUUAAAAAAAUACAGGAUAUACUUAUAAAAAUGUUUAAUAUUAUAAAAAAAAUGCAUAAAAAAAAAAAUCCAAAUAAAUUUUUAAAGCGACUUAUAGAUGACAGUAACAAAUCAUUUAUGUUAAAUAAAAAAUCGAAUUAUUAUAAUAAUUUUGAUCAUUCUUCUUUUGUGAGAAACUACAAAACAACUUCUUCAAAUUAUCCGACUAAAAUUAUUAGAUUUAAUAGUAAUAGUAAUAAUAAUAUUUUAGGUUGUCCUAUGAGAAAUAAUUUUGUAGUAUCAGAAAAAAAUGAGAAUGAUUCGAAGGGAAACAAGUUUUUUGUUGGAAAUGAUGAAUAUGAAAGUAACAGUGUUGAUAAAUAUGAAAACCUGAACGAGUCAGAAAAAAGUAGCAGUGUGUAUAUGGAUAUAGUAUACAAUGAACAAAAUGAAAAUAAUAGAAAUUAUUUUAAUAUUAAUAAAGAAGAAAAUUACUUUAAAAAUUAUUAUACUGAACCUGAGAAAAAAAAAAAAAGAAUGCCAUAUAGUGAUACAAACUUUUCAUCAGAUAUUAAAAGGAUUUAUAAAAAAAGAUAUAAAAUAAUGUUUAAUAAAAAAUUAGUUACAUUAUUUGAAAAAUGUGAACAGUUAUUUAAUAAAGCAGUUUGGCUAUUAAAACGUUUUAGUAGUAAACUAAAUGAAAAAAAAGUUUUUAAAUUUAUAAAUAUAAUAUUUGAAUCAGAAGAAAAAGAAGUAAUUAUUAAACCCAAAUAUGAAAAAUAUUUUUAUGACUUUUUAAAAAGAAUAUAUAUAAAUGAAAAUAAUAAAAAUAAUAUUUUAGAAAAAAAAAAUAAUAUAAAUUCGACAAUUCAUAGGAUAAAUAAAUCAAUUGCAUCAAAACAUAUUCAAAGGGGUUUAAAAGGAAAAGUUCAAAAAAAAUAUAUACACAGUAAUGUUAAUACUAAUGACGGUGGUGGCAGUAAUAAUAACAAUAUUGGAUAUAUAUAUAAUAAUAAUAAUAAUUUAAAUAAAAAUGUUGAUGUAUCUUCAAAAAAUAAAAAAAAUGAAACAUUAUCAUCUCAAAUAGAUGAUAAAAAUAGCAUGAUUAACAAUGAUAAGUUAUCUUUAUUGUUAUCUGAAAAUAAUAAAGAGCAAAAUAUCGAAUGCAUUAUUGAUUAUGUCAAUUAUAAUUUUGACGAUAAAAAUUAUGACAAACCAGGCCGUAUGUAUUGUGCUAUAAGCGAACUUAGUUCAACUGUUUCGUUUAUAAAAAUGUCAUCCAUUUUGUGA